AUGUGUUGCUAUCUUGGUAAUUGCUCUGUCCUUGCCGAGUCAAGACCGACAUCUCAGCUAAUAAUGACGCCAAAUCAGGAUCAGUCAAACAUGCACAAGUUGGAGAGCGAGCCAGUAUGGACUACACGCCGGAGGCUGGACAAUUUGACCGUCCGCUCGCUGACUCGGUGCUACAUGGGCUCCAUCUGCAUAAUCCAUGAAGAAAACUCGAGUUAUGGCACCCUGCCGCACACGACGCUUAAUUUGCUGAGCGCUAUCCCAGACGUGGCCAGCGAAGUCACGUUACCCCAACGGUACAAUCCACCCGAUACCACCUUUACUCACAACAAAGAAAGCAUAUCAUUAUCCACAAUGACCACCUCUCGCGACGAACGCCACUCGAUGUCUUACGGUUCUUUUGCAUUCCCUGUUGUGGCAUUUGAGGACCAGCACGCAGCGGAUGUCUCACAACACACCACCCGCGUCAUUCCUUCCUACGCUGCGGUGGGCAGCCCGGACUACGCGUACUUCGAGUGGAAUGCAUCCCAAUCGAUCCCUUCCCCAACCAUCUCUGCAAGCCCUCCCUUCUUCGUCAUCUCCGCUAGCCCGCCCUCCUCCGUUCCAUCCUCCACCAUCCCACCCAGCACCUUGAGGCCAGCCAAGCGUGCUCGCCUGGACGAUGAUGUGCUGCAAGGCUUGCCGAAAGUGCCGCGGCUGGAUAAGGAGGCGGGCCCAUCCUCUCCUGACGCCACUGCUUCUGAGAUCCAAUCAAAGCGAAAGCGGGUGCGCAAAAUCAACAAGGGCCCUGAUCACAUCCCGCGGCCAUCAAAUUGUUUUAUAUCAUUCAAGAACGAUUAUAUGCGGCGGCUGCGCGAAUCCGGACACGAAGUGAUGUCGAAAGGCAUAGCGAAGGAGAUUGGUGCUAUAUGGCGCGCGCUUCCCCCUUAUGAGUCCCAGUACUGGAAAGAUCAGGCCGAGGGCGUCAAGGGCCAGCACAAAAACGUAUACCCGGGCUAUACAUACAAGCCCAUACACAAGAAGAAGACGGAGAGGCCUCAAAAGGGCGGGCCUUUGAUACAAAACGGUGCUACAGAGCUGAAGGGACAGGAGGGGAAGGAGAACGACCCGCGGCCGGAGGAAGACAAAGUGGCUAAGCGAACGGAUACUUUGACUGAGAGCGAAGACAGUCGCACUGUAGGAAAUAUGCGAGCGGUAGCAGAUCACCAGCAUGAUAGUUCACCAGCUCUACAGGCCCAAUCCCAUCCUCCUCUCCAUGCGUUGCCUCUUCCACAAGGUGCCGUCACAGCACAAUAUGCUGAGACAAGCAGUAGAUGGUCUCAUGCGACACAAGCAGUGUUACAGUCCCUGCCGCAGGUCGCAUCGGUGGUCCCGUCGCUCCAACAGGCGAGACCGUCUCGUCUCGCGACGCCUCAUUCAUGGCAGCUGGCCCGUCCAAACCCAAUGUACCCCCAGAACAUGAGUGCGGCAGCGUAUAAUGGCUUUGUCCAGCCUCAUAUCGCAUAUCCCGCGACAUAUUAUUUGGAUCGCGAUCAUGCGCAACAUGGGGUCCCACCACAAAUGAAUGGCUUUCAAGUCAUGGCACCAGUGCCAAUCCACGACGCCACACAGUGCCCUGUCUACCUGCCAUCCCAAUCAUCCUUAUAUGCAGGGAGCGUUGCCGCCCUCCAUCAGCAUCCAGCGACUGUACAAUCCGCACCUCCAUAUGUGAUGCAGACGCCCGGCAGCUUUUACGACCUGAGCUCGCCCUACACUGGGAACCGCGCGUUCUCCAAGUCUGCACCUCCGAACCCCACUGCACACGGUCCCUCGGAGGAGGACGUCGCAUGGAUGCUCGCAGUGCUUGAGGCGCAGGAAUCACAUAUCUCACCACAUAGGGAUUCGUCUGACUUGGGGACAUUGCUGACGUUCCCGGUGCCGGUCCAAAACCGCCUCACGGCCCCCGAAGAACUGCCGCAGAGUGUAGGCCGGCUCUCUGACAUGCUUCGGGACAUUGAUCGAUGGUCAGACUCCCAAUAG